GCUAUCGAGGCCCGGGAGGCGAGGAUAUCAUGUAUGGAGUGCUGUGACACACCUUUCUGUAAUCAAAAUGGAUGCAACAUCACAGCUCCGCUCCGGGUCCACAGAGGCCCAUUCUGUUAUGCCUGUAACCAAACCCGGGACCCAGACAGAUGCGACCAUUUCAUGGAGUGUAAGGCAAACGAGGUUUGCAUGGUAUAUCGACCACACGAAUUGAGUUCCUUGCCAGAUGUAAUAUACAGGAGCAAGUGUGAUACAUUGCAGGGUUGCCAAGCAGUGAUGUCGGCUGGCCACUCGUGUGCCACCUGCUGUGCUGACGAUUUCUGCAAUACACACUGUGGAGUGAACCCGAUACUCCCCACUCUUCCGACAACACCACCGCCACCCACAACCACAACCCCACCCACAACUACAGCUGGGGCGUGUAGUGAGCAUCACCAUUACGACGAAAUGUCCCAGCUGUGCCUGCGGAUAGUGGAGGAAAGGGUCCUGCCCUUCUUGUACGCAGACUUCUUCUGUAAGGGGAUGGGGGACAUUCUGGUGGAGAUCGACACCCACGAGAAAUACAUCUUUUUACAGAGCGUCUUGCUUCGACACUCUACUUUGCCAACCAACCAACAGAAGUACUGGAUAGGCGCGAGCACUAAGCCUGGCUCUGACGUCUUCCAUUGGCAAAGCGGGGCGAGACUUCCGAGUCAGUACUGGGCUAGACACCUGACACUCACAUCACACACGGACAGCAGGUGCGCACUGGUCGACGGAACGCAGUUGUACAUGUGGAACAAGGAUAGAUGUACCGUAUCACACCAUUUUAUAUGUUCAAGUGCAGGUAAUUCCAACACGAAUACCAGUAGUUCGAGCUUGUUCGGAUGAUACGCUGACGGUCUGGCACAAUGUUGAUCUGUGAUGUCAUUUUGAUUGUGGAAUAAAAAUUUAAAUUG